AUGCCUCGACUCUUUCUACUGUGCUCGACGCUUCUCGUUGUUCUCUGCAGUGCCGCGCUCAGAGACCUUGGCUAUCCAAACUGGUCGUGCGACCCGUCGCUCUAUGAAAAAAGCAAAAAGGUUCCAACAUCUGCCCAUGCGGUUAGAUUUUCGGAUAUCAAGCUCAUCGGAGCUCUCGGCGAUUCCCUAACUGCGGCUAAUGGAGCUGGAGCACCAAAAGGAGACCCAUUGGCUGUGAUUCUUCAAUAUCGCGGAUUGGCGUUCCAAAUCGGAGGAGAAGUCGACUUGGAUGAACAUGUCACUAUUGCCUCCAUCAUGAAAAAAUUCUCUCCAAACAUUUUCGGAUACUCAUCUGGAAUCGGAAGCGCAAAUGUGUGGGAGGUGUCGAAAUUGAAUCAAGCCGUUCCUGGAGCUGAGGCUCACGAUAUCAUUGGACAGGCGCGAUCCCUAGUGACAGCCAUGCAUAAUCAUCCGUCGAUUGACAUCAAGAAUGACUGGAAACUCAUUAAUAUUUUCAUUGGAGCCAAUGACAUGUGUGCGUACUGCACCGACAGAGAGAAUGGAGCUCAUUCAAAAGCACAAUACAAGGCGAGCUUGAUACAGGCCAUUCAAAUCCUCAAGGACAAUCUUCCACGCACAAUUGUUUCGAUGACCGGAAUGUUCGACAUGGCGAUGCUCCGCGAGAUUGAUCAUGAUCGUUAUUUCUGUGACGGUCUUCACGUUUUCGAAUGCGGAUGCGAGAAGAAGAAAUCAUUUACCAAUGACGAUAUUUCGAAGGCGUGCCAUCUUUAUAUGGAUGCUCAACAAGAAAUCAUUGACUCUGGAAUGUUCGAUACUACUGAUGAUUUCACAUUGGUUCUUCAGCCAUUCUUCAACAACAUUACUGUUCCACCAUUGAAGCCUAACGGUGAGGUUGACAUCGAUUGGUUCGCCCCAGAUUGCUUCCACUUCUCGAAACUCGGCCAUGCCAAUGUUGCUAAACAUUUGUGGAAUAAUAUUGUGCAGCCGGUCGGAAUGAAAGACCACAAUGUGAAUUUGUCGGACCCGACCAUCCCACUGAGAUGUCCCGACCCGGCUUGUCCAUUCUUCAGGACGACGAAAAAUAGCAAAGAUUGCUCCAAAUAUCUUUAA